AUGUCCGCAGCCAACAACAACAACCUCUACGACCCUUAUGUCCAGCGUGGUGGCGCGCAAGCGACUGCCGGCCGCGAUGACCGUACUCAGGGUCUCCAAGAUGUGAGUAGCCAAGCAGGCCCCGGAGCAGACCGCCCUCCGGCGCACUUGAUACGGCGGCAAUGGCGGGAAGCAAGCAAGCAAGCGGACACUGACGGCAUGGACAGGAAAUCGACGGCGCGGUGCGAACAAUGCAGGACAACAUCACCAAAAUGUCGGAGCGCGGCGAACGUCUGGACAACCUGCAGGACAAGACCGAUCACCUGUCGACCCAGGCGAAUAGCUUCCGCCGAGGCGCCAACCGCGUGAGGAAGCAGAUGUGGUGGAAGGACAUGAAGAUGCGCAUGUGCAUCAUCAUCGGCAUUAUCAUCCUGCUGGUCGUGAUCAUUGUUCCCAGCGGUAAGUCUAGGCUCCAGCUGUUGAGGAGUGGUGUGGUGAUGGGCUACCUUGGAGAUGGAGACUGACGUUUGUACCAGCCAUCUACGGAAGCAAGCACUAG